GGAAUGUUGUUCCCACAUACUAUUGGCGAGAACAUAGCUUUCGCAAGCUUCAUAUAUUGAUCCAGACUAAUGACAGCAGUCAACGAAGACCUUAUUCAUCAUGUCGGACAAUGAGCUGGCCGCUAAACAAGCAUAUUUCGAGGAGCAAAAGCUGUUAGAUAUUACAGACGACGAGUCAAGUUGCAAUGACGAGGUUGCAGACAAGAUCGGGUGUGCGAUGGCCGAAAUGCCUCCACCAAAGCUCGCACGACAGACGAGCAACUUUCUCGGUCCGACAUCAAAGGAAGUGAAAGCCGACUUCGAAGCAUAUACGACACGGCGGCGUGCAGUCAUGCGAGAUGAGACUAAGAUCCUGACUCGCUCGGCGACAGCGCCUGAGAUGGAAUUGACAAAGAGCUUUUCUGUCACUAAGCCACGAGCACGCCAAUUGUCGAAUGCCGAAGGCGAGGCGAACAGUAAGAUGAAGCGCGUCACAUCUCUGCCCAAUAUGACCGAGCUCGAUCAAACGCCCUUCUACCAGCAGAUGGGUGUGGUUCCGCGAGAGCUCAAGAACGGGAAGAACAUCAAGCCAGCAGACAACAUCAAGCUUGUGCCAGAAUCCCAACAGCUACUGAGUGGCAAGAUUGUCUACUUCUAUCCCAACGACGAUAUCAGCAUGGUGCGGCGGACGCGAAUUCACAAGGUGAUACAGCUUGGAGCAGCCUGGGUAAACAAGUGGAGAGAGGAUGUCACACACGUCCUGGUCGACGAUGCAAAUCACACAUACACACAAUUGCUACGACAUCUCAAUCGAGCCGGUUUUCCAUGUAUACAAUUCGGCACGCUCAUGGACCCGUCCGCUACCCGUUUCAGCGUCAAGGGUGCGCCCCAGCAAGACCAAGCAAGUCAGAUGCCAGACACGCCAGUAAAUGUUUUCGAGAGGUCAGGCGAAUCGCAGACGUCGCUGCAGAUCAAACAAACGAGAAAGCAGAAAGAUGCAGUGUCAUCUCAAAAGACAGGUUCUGUUCUAGCAGAAGGCACUCCAAGUCAGAUCGCUGUCGAGAAGGUCCCCGAAAAUCCUUUGCAGGCGAGGGUCGAAGACAGCUUUGUGAUGCCUUCAUCAGAGAUUAGUGAAGAUCCCCCAGAAGCCACGAUACCCGACGCUUCCUUCGGAGACGAGCUUCUGCAAGCUAUACGCGAGAUGAAAACAAUUGCGCAUCUACCUAUUGACGACGAUGAAGACGAAGAGUCUCCUACUCAGAGCGUUAUUGGUGUGGAAGAUGGUGAUUCAGGUACUGACGACGAGCUCCUGGAGAUGCCUACGAAGUCUCGAAAGACAUCUUACGCAAGCUCAAGCAAGUCUGCAGCCACUCGGACAACAAAGAAAGACUUCGAUCAGAGUGGCUUUCAGUGCAUGGACCCAAGUACUGGCGGAUACUCCUCUCAGAACCCGAACGCUUGCACCAUUCAGAUCCUCGAAGAGAUGGGCAGACACUACGACCAAAUGCAAGAUCAGUGGCAUACACUAGCCUACCGUCGAGGUGUCACUACACUGAAGAAGCAGACCACAAAGAUCAGUACUGCGAAGCAAGCCGCAGCUUUACCCUUCAUCGGCCCUAGGCUGGCUAGAAAGAUUGAGGAGAUUGUAUUGACGAACCGACUGCGCAAGCUCGACAACAUCAAGGACGACUCACUCGACCAAGUCCUUCGCCUUUUCCUAGGCGUAUACGGCGCCGGUCUCGUCCAGGCCAACAAAUGGAUACAAGCCGGCCACCGUACGCUGGAAGACCUACUCACCAGAGCAAGGCUCACCGACAGUCAAAAAGUCGGCCUCGAGCACUACUCAGACUUCAACACACGCAUCCCACGCGCAGAAGUAGCCGCACACGGUGCAGUUGUCAUCAAAGCUCUAAAGAAGCUCGAUCCCAGAUUCGAAGCAACAGUCAUGGGUAGCUACCGCCGGGGAGCCAAAGACUCAGGCGACAUCGACAUGAUCAUCACACGGCCUGGCAUGUCGCUCUCACAGAUCCGCACCAUCGUCUUCGACAUACUCGUCCCACAUCUCUUCAAUGCAGACUUUCUGAAAGUCUCACUCGCAACAAUGCGCUCCAACGAUGCCAGUGGGACGAAAUGGCAUGGCGCAUCCUGCCUUCCCGGAUCGAAGACCUGGCGACGCAUGGACUUUCUGGUGGUGCCGGAGUACGAGAUGGGUGCAGCGUUGAUUUACUUUACUGGUAAUGACAUUUUUAAUCGAAGUAUAAGGCUGCUGGCCAGGAAGAAGGGUAUGCGACUCAAUCAGAAGGGGUUGUACAAGGAUGUGAAGCGCGGCAGGAGAGGGGAGAAGUUGAAUGAGGGGACAUUCGUCGAAGGGAGGAGUGAGAAGAAGAUCUUUGAGAUUCUUGGGGUGCCGUGGAGGGAGCCGCAUGAGAGGAUAUGCUAA